AUGUCCUCCGACCUCCUAACCCGUCCGCUAACCUCCGCAACCCUCACUAUCCGCGUAAUCAAAAACUUUCCCUACCGCACGGCGAAAAACCUUGUUCUGCAUAACCUCGACUUGACAACCCUCACCUCCGGCGACUUGAAAGAGCGUGUGCGCAGCGAGAUCUUGUCUUCCACUAGUGGUGGCGGUGGUGGGUGGAAAGCUUAUAAGGGGGUGGUUGGGACUCUUGAUACGUUAAAGUUGUAUACCAAAGCGCAUGGGACAAAGACCAAUAACUUGAUCAUCAAUAUGGAGGACGAGGGGGACGAGUUAAUUUUUGGGGAUGAUGGGAGGGCAUUGGAGGGGUAUGGGUGUGAACAUGAGACAGAGAUUUCGUUCUUCAAAUUGGAGGAUUAUUUGGAGUUUAAGGGGAAUCCUGAAGAGAAGUGGUAGCGCUCAAAUGUCACCUUAUAGAUGGGGGGAGGGUAAGAUGGGGCGGGGGAAGGUGGGGUUAGGCAAGCCCUGAGCGCUUAUAUUCGUCUGGAUUAGUCUCAAAGUUCACCAGGCUCUCUAGAUUUCAGUGACGUGAAUCAAUCUUAUAUUUUCAUCGA